GCCUGUGCGAGGCAUCGUUGCCAGGUUCCAGCAGCGACAAAAAGAGCUGAAGCAGGAGGAGUGCGACGAAAAGCCAAAGUUGCUUUCAGUUCCGUGCAGAACCCACGUUUUCCAAAGCCGGAAUGCUGCAUGUCUUCUGGGAAAGAAAGUGCGCGAUCGCUUUGAUGACAAUUUGUUACUCCGCAUCAUCAGCAAGAGCCAGCCGCAUUUACGGCUCUUCGUACGCGCACAGCGCAAGGUCUUUUCGGGAGACCUGGAAGGGGUAAGUCUCCUCGAUGAAAUCGCUCAGCAGGCAAAACUCUCCGACAAGCAGGUGGAGCUCCAGGAAGUGCCCAAAGAAGAGGCACGCCUGGCAGAAGUCGUCAUUCAAGUUUUCGACCGGUACCUGUCCAAGCGAGACAUCUGGCACUUGCACCUGCGCAUGCUGCAGGGUGGUGGCCAAGUCCUUUAUGCCAACUUCAACCAUUCGCUGAAACAGCUGGUGACCAACAGCGAAUUCGACCGACUGGUGUUCACGGAUGGGAAGCCUGCUAUCUCCGGGUUCGUCGACCGAACCACAGAGGUAUCCUUUAAGUCCGUCACGGCCAACAUGUUCGUGCUGGUGCAGAUCAGCUCGGAGUUGUGGGAAUAUAGCGUGGCCGGCAGACCAUAUUGGGAGGCCUUGAUCGACUGCUUCACCCAACUGGUUGAGAAAUCGCUGCGGGUGACGAGAGGAAGCGGGCACUAUGUGCGCAUGAUCCUCUUCACCCGAUCGAAAGGAGUUGCCAAGUCAGAUGCAGAGGCAAACGGAGGCAGUUGGCUGCAAGUCGAGCAAGACACCUAUGCGAAGCCCAAGAACAAGACCGAACCGAGGGACUUCUAUGAUGUCUUCUGGGAGGGUUGGGCACGCGUGCUCCCAGCAGGACAGGAACUUGCUGCGAGGAUUCGGCAGGUUUGCAUGUCUAUGCACGAGGAGUACCAUGGCAUCAACCCUGCGAACAGCACCUCUUCCAGACCGACAGGCGGCGCUGACUGGAGUGGAGUGUCUGCAAAAUGCAUGACAGAGGCGUCGAAAGGCAACAUCCUGGAGUGCCUCAAUCUGGUUCUUGACCAUUUCGAUAGGCACUACCUGGACCGGAUGCUGCGCUCUACCGGGCAGGCCAUCAUUCUGCUAACAGCAGGUAACGGCCUCAUCGAUGCCGAAAGGCGUUUGUACCAGCUCUCGCACAGUCGUUUUCGGCUGACUAAGCCAGUCAUUUGUCAUUUCGAGUCUCGGACGGAUAGAGCAAUUAUUUGA